GGAGCGGGGCCAGGGCCGGGUGCGGGGUGCCGGGUGCGGAGUGCCGGGUGCGGGGUGCCGGGUGCGGAGUGCCGCCGGCGGAGCCAUGCCGUUCGUGGAGCUGGAGACCAGCCUGGCGGCCGGCCAGCUGCCACCGGGGCUGGCGGCGAAGCUGUGCAGCGCCGCCGCCGCCAUCCUGGGCAAGCCCGAGGAGCGGGUGUCGGUGACGGUGCGGCCCGGGCUGCCCAUGGUGCUGGCGGGCUCGGCGGAGCCCUGCGCCCAGCUGUUCGUCUCCUCCAUCGGCGUGGUGGGCUCGGCGGAGCAGAACCGCGGACACAGCGCCCGCUUCUUCGACUUCCUCACGGCCGAGCUGGGCCUGGGCGCCGAGCGGAUCCUCAUCCGCUUUUACCCGCUGGAGCCCUGGCAGAUUGGCAAGGACAGAACUGUCGUGACUUUCCUGUGAUUCUGCGAGCCACCGUUGGAACAAAGCUCUGGCGAAAUCACACCCCAGAGAUUCCACCCUCUUGUUUGUUCUUAGGAUCUUAUCUGCGUAAUUCUGCACCUUCACCUCUGUGAUUCUCUUCUACCUUUGCUUUCUGUGAAUACAUAGCUGAAGACUGGGGCAAUUGGCCAUACAGUUUGUACUAAAAUAGUUCAAGGUCUUUUCUGGCAGCCCAGAGGCUCUCCAGCUGCCUAUGACUAAGGCCCUGGUUUUGCCUUUAGCAGUCUGGCGAUGGCCAUGCUUACAUGAGCCUAGUGAAAGUUCUCUUGUCAUCAUGUAGCAGUGAAAACUUUGUUUCAUUCCAGAGCACAUUUGGCUUUAUUGAGGACCACAGAAGUACUCAGGUUGUCCAGAUUUCUACAUGCUUUCCAAGGGAGAAGGAUCCCUCUUUCUGGUUCUAUGUGCCAGCAGAAGGUCCCAGGCUGGCUAAGAAAACUGUAGAGUAUUCCUUUAAAUUCUUCUAUUUUCAGGUUCCCCAAAGUCCUUUCCCAAAAGAGGUGAUUAUAUUGAGGGAAAUCUAUGCAUUUAUAUGCUGUCUUACUUAAGGGUCCCGUCAGAUCUUGUGCUAGGUGCUUUACCAUUGCCAGCCUGUGUGACUGCUUCUACAAAGUUUUAUUUGUCCGCAAGAUCUUCAUGGUUGAAUGUUUGUGUGCUGAUGGCAGUGUGUAGUGGAGGGAGUUUAUGCAGUGGUUCAGAGUGCUUUUCCUCACCCCACUGUUACAGGGAGUGUUGACAAAAUACAGCAUCUGACUGUGUUCUGUGGCUGACGUUUUUGGCUUGCUGUCCUCUGCCCGGGAGCUGUGGUAGUUGUACACAGCUGACACACUACCUUGACAGUGUUGUGCCUGUUGAACCCAGAACCGUACCACUUCUAUCAUAGUAUACCUCACCCUGAAGGGAAAUGUUUUGGGUUUUAGGACCCUUCUGCUUUGUCACUUUGUAACUGGAAUAUAUGUGAUUUUAUUAAAACAAAACCACGGUACUUUUUCAUGUAUAAUGGUAUCUCUGCCUUCCACUGCCUUAAGACAAUUAAAACAUAUUUAUCAGUUUCCUAUCCAUUUAGUGACUUUGUCAGGUCCCAGACACAGAAGCUCAGAGGAACUAAGAGUAUGCUUUUGGGACGUGGAACUCCAUGGGAAUGCAAGGCUGAAGAGUGUGUAAUUCAGAUCAGAUUUUUAUUUGUUUAUGACUUGAGGUCUCAGAAUACUUGAAAGUAUCCCUUCUAGUUACUGUCUGAAAUUGAUUAUUCCUUAUGCAGCAUAAACAUCUUCUAUGUGUGCAAAAUCUCUCUAUCAGAAAUAUAAUACGAAACACAAAUUUAUGCAUCAGACUAGUAGCACUAGACAUUAUCUGGUCAAUAAAAUGUGUCAAAGUC